GUCCCAGCUCCGUGCCUGUCGCGCUCCUUGCCCUCUCUCCAUCUCGUCGUCGGCCCCGUCCCUCUGCCCCGGGAUGCCUCCCAACCUCACCGGCUAUUACCGCUUCGUCUCCCAGGAGAACAUGGACAAUUACCUGCGCGCUUUAGAUAUCAAUGUAGUCCUGCGAAAACUGGUUUGCCUCCUGAAGCCCGAUAAAGAGAUCAUCCACACGGGAGAUCACAUGGUCAUCCGCACGAUCACCUCCCUGCGGGACUAUGUCAUGGAUUUUGAUGUGGGAGUCCAGUUUGAGGAAGACCUGGGACCUGUGGAUGGACGCAAGUGCCAGACAACUGUCUCCUGGGAAGGGGAUCAGCUGGUAUGUGAGCAGCUAGGAGAGAAGAGGAACCGAGGCUGGAGGCACUGGCUGGAAGGGGACCAGCUGCAUCUGCGCAUGACUGCCGAAGACGAGGUCUGUGUCCAGGUUUUCCAGAAAGUGAAGUGAGCGCUCGCCCGGAUGGAUGCCCGGACGGGACCCUCGCUCCAGUGUGCAAACUGCCCCGGAUUGAAAAAGAAACAAGACACCGAGCGAGCCGAAUCCCCCCGUAGCAG